AUGUCUUUUGAUAAUACUUCAGAUACAUCCAACAUACACCACUUCAACACUUCAACAAAUGACUCAAGACUCCCCACAUCAGUACUAUCAGAUAAGGCUAGAUCCAUAUUUGACUUUCACUAUUUUAACAAAAUGCAGUCCAAAUCUUUCAAGCCAAUCUAUGAGGAGGAUAACAACUGUGUGAUUAGCUCCCCAACUGGUUCAGGUAAGACUGUGCUAUUUGAACUUGCCAUCCUAAGGUUAUUGAAUCUGACUAAUGACCCCAAUACCUUGAAGGUUUUGUAUAUAUCGCCCACAAAAGCACUUUGUUUAGAACGAGAGAAGGAUUGGUGCUCUAAAUUCUCAUCCUAUGGAUUGACUGUUGGUGCACUAACAAGUGAUACAAGCUAUUUAGAAACAGAUAAAGUGAAAAAGGCCAACAUCAUUAUAACGACUCCAGAAAAAUGGGAUUUGGUGACACGAAAAUGGGCAGACUAUUCAAAGCUUUUUAAGCUUAUAAAGUUGCUAUUGGUUGAUGAAAUUCAUAUUUUGAGAGAUAAUAGAGGUUCAACAUUGGAAGUUGUUAUUACAAGAAUGAAGAAAAUAUGUCGGCCUUUGAGGAUAAUUGCUUUAUCUGCCACAGUUCCAAACAUUCAAGAUGUUUCUGGGUGGAUCAAACUCAAUUCUGAUAGCGGACAAAAUGCCGUGACAUUGGUUUUCGGUGAUGAGUAUAGACCUGUUAAGUUAGAGAAGCUUGUAUUUGGAUACAGGCAAACAAUGAAUGAUUUUGUGUUUGAUUCAUUUUUGAACAAUAAGCUUGCUGAAAUUAUAAGACAACAUUCUAAUAAUAAGCCUGUUUUGAUCUUUUGCCCAACUAGAAACUCAACAAUUUCCACUGCAAAGUAUUUAUCUAAGAACCUUAGGGUGGAAAUCAAAAGUCAAAGUCCUGCACUGAUAAAAGAAAAAGAACUCAAAGAGUUAUCUAUGUUAGGAUUCUCCUACCACCAUGCUGGUCUUUCUUUGCCUGAUAGAUUAUCAGUUGAGAAAAACUUCAUAAAUGGGAACACUAAGGUUUUAUGCUCUACAUCAACUUUAGCUGUUGGUGUAAACCUUCCGGCCUAUUUGGUUGUUAUCAAGGGAACUAAAACAUGGACUGGUGCCGCUUUUGAAGAAUAUUCUGAGUUAGAUAUUUUGCAGAUGAUGGGAAGAGCUGGACGACCUCAAUUUGAAACUCAGGGUAAGGCUGUCUUAAUGACUGAUUCAGAUAAGCAACAUCAAUAUGAGAAGUUGGUAAAAGGUACAGAAAAACUUGAAAGUCGACUACAUUUAAAUCUUUCAGAAAACAUGGUUCCUGAAGUGUUUUUGAAAACGGUUAAUUCUGUUGAAGGUGCAUUAGAAUGGUUGAAACUUACAUUUUUCUACACAAGGUUUAAAAACAAUCCAACAGCAUAUGAUGAAAUACCUUAUUUAGCUAAUGGGAGUAUGGAUGCAAGAUUGUUGAAGUACGUUGAAUCAAAAUUAAGGGAGUUGACAGAUUUCAAGCUUAUCGAAAUCAAGAACGGUGAAUAUCAAUGCACUCAAUUUGGAAAUGCAAUGACAAAACAUUAUAUUUUAUUUGACACUAUGAAGAUGUUUGUGAAAUGUCCUAGAGGUCUUACAGUAUCUGAUAUCAUUAAUUUGGUUUCAAAAUCCAGCGAGUUUGAAAAUAUCAGGUUGAAAAGAACCGAGAAAAAGUUAUUCAGGGAACUUAAUAAUUCACCAAUCCUCAAAUACCCUAUUAAGACUUACAACACGCUGUCUAACAUUACAUCCAACGAUGAAAAGAUAAAUCUUUUGGUUCAGUACGAGUUAGGUGGCCUUGAGUAUCCGAAUGGGCAAGAAUUCUUGAAAAUCCAACAGAGUUUCAAACAAGAUAAGUUUUUUGUAUUUAAACAUAUUGGAAGGUUGAUAAGGUGCUUGGUUGAUUGUUUUUUGGAGAAAGCUGAUUAUGUUUCAUUGCUCAAUUGCUUAAAGCUUUCUAGAUGUUUGAAUGGUAAAUGUUGGGAAGAUACCUCUAUUGUUUUGAGACAACUUGAAGGUGUAGGAAUUGCUGCCGUUAGAAGGUUUUCUAAUCAAAAUGUUAAAUCCUUCAGUGAAGUUAAAAACUUGAGCUCAAGCACAAUUGAAUAUUACCUAAACCAAAGACCUGGAUUUGGUGCUAAGGUCCUUAAAGCAAUUGCUGGCUUGCCGAUAUUGUCUAUUGAAACGCACCUCGAAUCGUCUACGGUAACGAAAGGAGAGUUAAAAGUUAUUAUCCGAAUGAAUAUUGAUUGUCAAAUGGAAACAAAAUCGUGGCAUGGAAAGCCGGUUACUGUUAAUAUCGUUUCUGGGUUAUCAACAGGUGAUUUGGUUGAUUUUAGACGUGCGCAUUUGAAUAAGCUCAGUGGUGCUAAAUCGUUUACAUUUGAAUGUUCAGUGCUAUAUAAAAACACCAGUUUGACUAGCUCUGUUUCCUGUGAGGAGAUUGGUAAGUUAAUCUUGUUUUCCGUAAAGGGAGAUUUUACUAACGGUUCCAGCUGGUAUUUCUCAAAGCUUUGA